AUGAACAAAGUUUUGAAAUCUCAUAAACACAACAUCUCCGAUAUAAAUGAACUUCAAGCUACAUUAGACAGUAAAGCCUACAAGAACCAUACACAUGAAUCCUUCACUACUGUUAGAGCAGACGACAUAAUAUUGAACUAUACCCUUGGUUCAAGUGCACCUUUAGAGAAUCCAAGUACAAGCGUAAAAGAUACACUAAACAAUUUAGAUAACAGAUGUAUGAACAUUGAAGGUCAUGCCAGAAACUUUGAAGCAUACGAACUACCAGCAAUGUUAGAUAAGAAAGCAGACAAAACUUAUGUAGAUGAAAAUUAUACAAAGAAGUCGGAAGUAAAUGCUGCGCUUAAUGGAAAAGCCGACAAGAACCAUACACAUGAAGAAUUUCAAACAAUCAAGAUUAAAGAAAUUAAAGCAUGCAUCGAAAUAGUAACAAAAACAGGAAGAAACGGUGCAACUGUACAAGAACAAAGAAUUUAUCCUCCUACUUUUCCUAAUGGUUUAAUAACAAACAAUAUAAAUAUUGUAGAAGGCAAUAAAGCUAUAAACGUUAAACAUGAACUUCUAACAAUGAAGGCCCAGAUUCUUCAAACCAUAUAUUCUGUUGGUUCUAUUUAUACGUCAAUGAAUUCAACAAAUCCAGCAACAGUUCUGGGCUUUGGUACGUGGCAGCAGAUUGUAGACAAAUUCUUAUACUGUGCUAACUCUUCAAAGCAAACAGGGGGUUCGAAGAAAAUUACUGAAGCAAACUUACCUGCGCACACUCAUACAGGAACGACAAA